AGGACACAGCAAGGAGCUUAGAGCUGUUUCAAGAUGGCCAAGACUUGGGCAAUUUUGCUGCUACCUGCUCUCUUCUACCAAGGUAAACUAAAGAUGGAUUGAUAGGAAAUACUAUUGUUGUUAUUAUUAAUUUUUAUAAUGAUGUUGCAGAAUGCACACUUUUAGUUUAGCUUUCAGCAGUGCAGGCAAGGCCAGAUUAAGACCUUUAGAGGCCCCAGGCACUGUAAAAUAUUUUUUUAUUUCUCAAAAGGAAACCUACGGUAAGAUGGAAAAUAAUGUUUGUUUUUGUAUACUUCUACUUUAUUCCAUGAUACGAACAAUUUAUUUACCAGUUUACAGCCAAAUUUUGUGCUUUAAUUAAUAGAGAUGAAUUUUGUCUCAGAAUUUGUAAACUGAAAAGCAGAGUUGCGGGUCCAUGGAAAAACUAACAGUGGAAAAUUUCUGUGGUGCCCCUUGAUACUCUAGCACAUGCUCAUUUUGCUUAAUGGUUCAUCCAUCUCUGGAGGCAGGUUUGAUAUUGCAGGAUCACGAGCGCUUUUUCGUCAGUCCUGCUCUUUUAUCCUUUUGACGUCAUCUAAAAUUUUACAUUCAGUAUGCUUUUCCUGCUAUAAGACAUUUCAGUGAUGCAUGGGAUUGUCCUGUAAGUCUGUAAUGCAGAGAUGCCCAAAAUAUUCCCUCCUUGGUAGCUGCUCCUGUAACAGCGGUUGGAUCUACAGCAGUUGCCCAGUGAUAUUGUUUAGUUCUAGCCAAGUAGAGUUUGGCAUCAUCCGCACUGAAAUGCAUUUAAAUUCCUAGAGUUACCUGGGAAGCGGGAUGGAUGGUUAAACCACUCUGGGAACGGUAGCUCCAUGAAGGGAAUAUGGGCCGCCUAACAGCUCUCAGCACUUUGGACACAAACUACAGCUCCCAGGGUUUUGCAGAGGAAGACAGGACUGCUUUAAGUGGUAUAAUAGUGCUUGAAAUGUAGCUAGUGCAGACGUGGAUUCCUGCAAUUCAAAUCUCCCUUAAGGAGCUAUGACCUCACUGCUUUGUUGCUUUUCCAGUCUGCUGGCAACCCUAACUAAGUGAACCAAGGCUAAAGAGAUGCAGUUCACUCCAGGCUGCUGCAGCAAUGAGGUGGACAAGCUAAAUCAUGAAAUGAGGCUUCUUGCAUUGAGACUGACCUGCUUCUCCAGCAAAGUUCAAAGUUCUUUAAUUGUGCUAUUGAGGACCAGCCUUUACAGGAGAAAAACCACAGCAUGGGGUCAGAGCAUCUUUUUGCAUGCAGGAGGUCCAAAGUUCAAUUCCCAGCAUUUCCAGGUAGAGCUGGAGAGCUGAAAUCCUGGAGAGCAGCUGUCACUCAGUGUAGACAAUACUGAGCAAGAUGAACCCUAAGGUCUGUCUCAGUCUAAGGCAGCUUAUUAAUUAACUAAAUUUUUAGACCCCCUUUGUCUGAAGACCACAGGGCAGUUUGCAACACAGAACCCAAAUGUCAACACGCAACGUAAUACCUAUACCUCAUAAAUACUGAAAGAGUUAGAAUCAUGGGAUAGCUCAGUUGGUUAGAACAUGGUGCUGAGAACGCCAAGGUUGCAGGUUUGAUCCCCGUAUGGGACAGCUGCAUAUUCAGGUUGGACUAGACGAUCGUCAGGAUCGUUCCAACUCUAUAAUGCUGUGAUUCUAUGAUCUGUAGAAUUGGAAAGAUCCCAAGGGACAUCUAGUCCUAUGCAGGACUAUUAUUAUAGAAUUAUAAUAAAUACGUAAUAAAAUACAGAUGAUUGUAACAGCAACAGCAUCAAAAACAAGGGAGGCAAGAAUCAGCAACCAGGUAACUAAAAUGCAAAAAAAAAAACCAAUGCAAAAAUACCUUAUAUUUUCUCUAGCCAAAGACAGCGCUUAAUCCUAGCCACUGCACAGAAAAUGGCAGACUUUCCUAGUUCUUGCCUGGGAGCUUUCCUUUUCUUUCCCAAUCUUUCAGUCUGGGCAAUCUUCACUUCCUUCCCUCUAACUCCCCACAGUUCCUUCCCCAAAUCCACCUGCCACCUUAAUGUUUCUGUAGCUUCUGUAGCAAGGAGAGGGAGAGAGAGGACUGGGAGGCAACAUGGGGAAGCCCCACCCUGAGAAUGACUUGUCCCAAAUUUGACAUAAACACCCAGAAGGUGCCUCCUCCUCCUCCACGGACAGGGAUUUUACAAAACACCUUAUGAUGGAAAAAGGACAAUUAGCAAACAACGUGAUCCUCUGGCUUCCCGGGUUCUCUGGUCCAGGAAUUCUGGAGACCAGAAUAAUUAUGUGGGGUGCGGUUCCAUGCAUCCCAGAAACAUGUGUCCCAGAAACUUAUUCUCUUUUCUUCUUGUUGUUGUUGUCUUUGAAAAUUGGAGCCUAAUCUUUGAAACAACAACAACAACGAAAAGGAGACGAAGUUUCUGGUCCUCAUGGGAGGAGCCACUAUAGCAGAAACAAGGAACCUGGUGUCUUCCAAAAGUUGUUGGACCAAAAUUCCCAUCAACCUCAGCUGGUACGGCUAAUGGUCAGGGAUGGUGUGUGUGUGUUGUUUCAAGUAUCUGGAGUCCCCUUCCCCUUUUCUCCAUGCCUGCCCUUACUAAUUGAGAAGGAAGGGGGAACCUGCCUUUGCCAUAUUUCUGCUCCCAAAAUUUCUAAACCUGCAUGUUAAAAGUUCACCAUGUGGGGAUUAAUUUCUCUUUAACAUCUUCCUGCACUGUGUGUUUAUUCUGAAAUAAGUCCUACUGAACUGGGGGACUCAUGCACACAACCAAUGACUUUAAACAGUCCUGGCUUCCGCCAAAUAAUCCUGAGAACUGUAGUUUGUUAAGUGUGCCAAGCAGGGCUUUUUCCCCCAGCCGGAACUCACUGGAACUGCCAUUGCUAUUAUAUGGGAACAAGGGUUCAUGGUGAGUUCCAGCACCUCUUUUUCUAGAAAAAUAGCACUGGUGCUGAGAGUUGUUAGAGACCUUUAUUCCACCCCCAGAACUACAAUUCCCAGAACAGUUUAACAAUAAACACUUCUUCCCAGGGGACUGCAACCCUGGGGUCUCCUAAGAGCUCUCAGCACCUGUAAGAAACUGCAGCUCCCAGGAUUCCAUGGAGGAGAAGCAUUUUAUGGAGAACCUAGACACCUUCCAACUAUUUAUUCAGCAUUCUUUCUGAUUUGAUGGUGGGGAGGUUACACAAAGCGGAAUGGUUAUCCCAUGCUUUCUGGGAUAGCAUUUUCUUGUCACUUUUCAGACCAUUCCACAAAGGCAUUCCACAGAGGUUCAAUGCAGUCAUUUGAUGUUCAUUGGGUGCCAACUAAGGAUUACAAUGCCUGCUGUUGACCGACACAGACACUGCAAUGUCAGUCCCGGAAUAAAAAUCUUGGAGAGAUAAGCACUUUGCGCUUGCCGACUCUUGCUUAUUUAUUUUAAAGUGCAUGUGAUGCAAGUGAAAUCCAUUAUGCAAAGAACUGUGGAAGUGAUACUCGUGGUGUGUAAUGAGAAAGAUUAAAAUCUGAUGAGCCUGCAUGACAUAUUCCCAACGUGCUCCUUGUUGCGUAACUCAGUUCCACAGCUGAGCAGCCAGCAGAUGGCAUCCAACAGGCACAGUUUUCCCUCACAAAGGGUUCGACCCACAAACACGAGACUCUUAAUCUCCGGGUCAUGGGUUCGAGCCCCACAUUCGGCAAAAGAUUCCUGCAUUGCAGGGGGUUGGACUAGAUGACCCCCAUGGUCCCUUCCAACUCUACAAUUCUGGAUCUGGGGGAAUUUAUUAGUAUGCAUCAAAGUAAAAGUCAAACAAAAGUAUGGAUGAGCCCAAAGUCUCCCCAUAUUGGGGGAAAGCACACCUGGUGAAUAUCUGCCUGUUGUGCAGAUGCUAAAAGACGGAGUGGGAGAAGCAGCCUUAGACGUGACCAAUUUCUCUCCCUCCUCUUCCAGCCUUUUCCUUGCAAUGCAACACGUGUCACGGUGAGUACGAUUGCUUAGGAGAGAACGUGACGUGUGAAGAUCCUUCGGCCAGCUGCUCAACAUCUGUCCGAAAGGCUUAUGUCGGUAAGUAUUAUUUUUAGCGGUGGUCAUGCGUACUUCUUGUUUGUUUUGUAAGGACUGUAGGUCAUCCAUAAACAAAAAAACAUGUUUCUAUCUAAAAACAAACAGAUUAGAACAGCAUUCUAAUGUCGUGAUCGGGGCUAAAUAAAGUCACAAACCAGUGAGCUAGCUUUCAAGCUUCACAGAACUCUUCCUCAUAUUGGGCUUGGUGAUCAACAAUAAAAAGUCUGGUGUUGGGGUGGGCAGAAUGUUGCUGUUAGAGGGCGUAGUAGAAGAAAUCUGAGGUUUCAGGUCUUGCCUUUAUCACCAUACCAUCACCAUGCUUUCUGGGAAAAUUUGAGGUUGGGGCACGAGAAAACAAUACUAACUAACCUAUCCUGAAGCCUGCCAAUUGUUAUGGGAGCUGAGCAUGUGUGUGUGUCUCCUUGCAAUAGAAAACUCAAGUUGUGAGUGCCAACAGGAAUCCCAAACUUUGGGGUUCGUAGUUAAUGCUAAGUAGGAACCCCAUGCUUGACAUAUCAAUUACUCAGUUUGUGGGAUGCUACAAAAUGUGGGGGGUUUGCUGCCCCCCCAAAACCCUGCAAAACUUUGGCACAAGUUUGCAGAGGACCCCAAAUUUGGGGUCUGUAGUUCAUGGGCCCCCAACAGGAUUGUAGUGAAAAGAGGCAAUGAGAAACAAGAGCAAGCUAUCGGCAAGCUUGGGGGAAAUCCAUGGUUUGCAGAAGUGUAAAUGGGCAGCAGAAGUGGGUCAGCAGAGGUGAAGGUGGUAGUGAUGCCCAAUGGUCAGGUCAAGUAGACCUUUCUCGGAGUGUGACCAUAGCAGGCUUAAGGCAGGGCCCUUCUCGGUCCAGCCUGACUCACAAAGAGACACUUCUGAGAGUUCCCCUGCUUGAUUUGCCCUAAUAUAUAGUAGUGUGGGAAUGAAAUGAAAGGUACCUCUGGGUUUCAUACAGCAAAAGGAAAACUGGGCUCGGGUCCCAGUUUGUGAGAUGCUGCGUUAACUACAACAUUAUUUCUUUCCCUGUCCAGGCUUCCUGGAAUUCCAGUCGGUGAGGAAAGGCUGUGCCCCCCAGCUGUUUCCCCACGAAUCCAUCUCCCUCAACUCUCACCUCAUGUCUCUUUCGUACCAGGCACGCUACUGUGCUGAGGAUGGCUGUAACAAUGAGACCUACUUUGGUGAGUCACAUGGCUGCCGGCACCCAAAAUGAAACCAGGUUGAAUUUUUUUUUUGGGGGGGGGUUGGAUUUUGAGGGAGGCUGAAAGCGUAUGGAGACAAUGCGUGAAAUUUCCAAGAGAGAGUUACCUAGAGGUCUACCAUUGUUACCCAUUUUCACCUGAGGUGUGUAGGAACUUGUUCUAUUGUAUGAAUGCAAUGAAUAAAUAUGACAAGGGUGAAGUUUGAAUUCCUUGCCUUGCCUGCAAAGUGGUUAGCAAAGUGGUUGGACCAGGACCUUGGUCAGGGUUCGACACCACACUCAGCUAUGAAGCUCACCUUGGGCCAAUCAACUCACUCUCAGCCUGGCCUACCUCUCACGGUUGUUGUGAGGAUAGAAUGGGGAUUGAUUGAUUGAUGGAUUGUAUUUCUAUUCCGCUUUUCAUUCAAAUGAAUCUCAAAGUGGCAUACAAUCAAUAAAUAACCGUAACAUAAUAAAUCAUAAUAUCACAUCGCGAAUACAGCAUACAUCAUAUAAAACAAUUAACGAAUUAACAGUUGCAAUCUAUAAAAAAACCUUAAAACAUCAACUAAAAAAAUAAGCUAUACCUCACAAUUACGGCAAGUCAUGUGAUUAACAAAUCAAUGAGGCAUUUAGAAUCUAUAAAUAUUAAAAACAUUCACAAAAUAGCAACUGAAAAUAUAAACUAAGCACUUAAAUUCAUUCACACAAUCUCUGCGCCCCCGUGACUCAUAACCUUUCACUCUGUUCAGUUCAUUAACUGCCUUGAGCUCCUUGGAGGAAAGGUAGGAUUUAAAUGAAAUAAAGAAAGUCGUUUUUUUAAAUAAAAAACACUCCCAGGUUCCUUUGCUGAUUGUCCAUAGGAUGCCAUCCCCCCUGCCCUCCUAUGCCAUCUCACUGUGCUCUCCCUCCCUAAGCACAUGCUAACCCCCACCUCCUGUCUCCCCCCAGUCUCCCAUCCUGCCCCUGUCAAUCACAUGCGCUGCCACAGCUGUGCCACCCAAGGAGCCUGGUGCCCCGAAGCUUCUCGCACUCAGAUCAGCUGUGCUGGGGAUCAGGACCAGUGUUUGGAUCUUGCCGUCACCGGAAAACUGGGUGAGUUGGUGGUGGUGGGGGCGGUAGGCAGUGCAGGAUGUGUGGGGGAGGGAAAGAGGUGAGGUGUUUUUCGGAAGAGGGAGAUGAUGAUGGGAGGGACCCGUGGAGAUGUGGGAGGAGACACAAAGGGGAGAAACCUGGCAAAUCAGAACUGGGGAUAAGAGUCUGCUGGAUCACCGUGGCCAACCAGAGGCCUGUGGGAAGCUUGCAAGCAGGACUCAACCACAAGGGAGCGUGUCCCCUCCUGAUGUUUCCAGCAACUGCUGUUCAGAAGCAUUACUGCAGAACAUAGCCACCAUGACCAUCAGCCACUGAUAGACUUCCCCUCCUCCAUGAUGGGUUCUGCAGUGUCUUAUGUCUUUUGCUGUCAAUUAUGCCUGCAGGUCCGUAUGACAACAUGAAGAUGAAGGGCUGCACCAACCUCCCACGGUGCCAGGAGACCUUGAGCUUCCACUCUGCAGACCGUACCAUCCAUGCCAGCUGCUGCUCAACAGCCCUCUGCAAUACCUUCAACCCAGGUAACUACUAAACUUGAUAGCCGGGCAUCAGAUAUGGAAUUGUACGGUAUAGGAUCAAUUUGUUUUCUUGUGACAGUGGGUUCCCCAGCAUGCUAAGCCACCCUCAGUCCUUAUCUCAUACAUCUGCAACAGUGGUGGUGUGGCCUUGUGUCCUCCCAAUGUUCUUGGUAGAGCACAGCCAUCAUAGCUAGUCAUCAUUGAUUUCCUUUUCCUCCAUGAAUUUCCCCAGUCUUUUUUUGUUGUGUUGUUGUUGUUUAGUCAUUUAGUCAUGUCCAACUCUUCAUGACCCCAUAGACCAGAGCAUGCCAGGCACUCCUGUCUUCCACUGCUUCCCACAGUUUGGUCAAACUCCUGUUGGUAGCUUUGAGAACACUGUCCAACCUUCUCGUCCUCUGUUUUCCCCUUCUCCUUGUGCCCUCCAUCUUUCCCAACAUCAGGGUCUUUUCCAGGGAGUCUUCUCUUCUUAUGAGGUGGCCAAAGUAUUGGAUCCUCAGCUUCAGGAUCUGUCCUUCCAGUGAGCACUCAGGGCUGAUUUCCUUCAGAAUGCAUAGGUUUGAUCUUCUUGCAGUCCAUGGACUCUUAAGAGUCUCCUCCAGCACCAUAAUUAAAAAGCAUCAAUUCUUCGGCAAUCAGCCUUUUUAUGGUCCAGCUCUCACCUGGAGCAGGAACCGGCAAGCCACUCCAGUAUCCCUGCCAAGAAAACUCCAUGGACAAAGUCCUCUUUUAGACCUAUCCAACUUGGUGGCCAUCACUGCUUCUUGGUGGACCAAGUUCCAUAGUUUAACUAUGCGCUGGAUGAAGAAGUAACCUUUUUUCCCCUGUUCUGAAUCUUCCAGUUUUCAGUUCCUUUGGCUGUCCAUGAGUUCCAGUGUUAGGAGAGAACGAGCAAGUCCUUUCCUCUAGCCCCCUUUUCCCUGCCAGGCUACCUGGUCUACGCUCAGGGCUGAUGGGAGUUGUAGCCUAGCAACUUCUAUUUUAUUUUAUUUUUUAAAAUUAAUUGAAUUUUCAAAUUAUAACAACAAAUUUUCCACAAAUCUUAAUUAAACAAUUUAUAUAUCCAUAUUUCUCCCCCCCCCCCUUUGGCUUCCCCCGUAUUUCUGUACUGAUUUAUUCAACAAUUUCUAUACCCUGCUGGUUUGACCAGUUGUGAAAGUUUAGUCAAAACCUGCCAGUGAGUCCAAGUCUUUAUACUAUCUUUUUAUAUAAUUUAUAAAUGGUUCCCACUCUUUUUUGAAAUCAGUGUUCUCUCUCUCCUGUAUCCUCUCUGUCAGCUUAACCAGUUUCGCGUAGUCCAUAAGCUUGGUUUGCCAUUCUUCCUUUGUUGGCGUUUUCUCUUUUUUUCCAUACUUGUGCUAAUAAAAUUCUUGCUGCUGUUGUUGCAUACAUAAACAAUCUUGCUGCUAGCAACUUCUAGAGGACUACAGAUGAGGGAUGCAGUCAAAUGCUUAGGACACUGGUAUAUUCUACAGGCGACCUUGGUCUUGUUGUUUUUUGUAUAGCUAGCCUUGAAUGUAUUGUCUCUUUGGGCCAAACAAGGCAGAACAUCCAUUGGUGAUUUCUGUCAGGACCAUGGCAGGCAGAGAAGGCAAGGGUGGCCCCUGCUGGGCUUCUAUUGGUGAAGACAGAAGUCUUGGUCACUGGCAAAGGUCAGCCAAACCGCAGCAGCAUGCCUGCUCCGUUAGAGGAUCUUGGUGAUCCUCAGCAUAAAUUCUACUCAUUGAAUUCUACUCAGUAUUGAACCAGAGCAGAACUCCAAUGUAUAGUUAGCAGACUAAAAACUUAAAUAGACCAGAGGCAACUGUAUUUCAUCCAGCAGAGCUUUACUGCUACUGAAAGCAAAUGAGCAUAAUGGUCACAAAUCUAAUACAUUCAUGAUUGGCAGUGUCCACUUGUAGCAGACUUAACUUAAACUUACAAUAACUUAUAAUAGGUCUAAAUCAUAACACUAUAUACAGAACACCACACCAGAAGGAAGAGAGAUAGAAAGAGAAAGUAAAACCCAGGAUCCUUCUUUUAUAGUCAGGAUGACCUUGAAGAAGAGAUAAGAGAACCAGUUUAAGCCAGCUGUACUCAGCUUCUCUGAAGGAAUAACCUAAACAUCAUGAACCUUCUGCUUGUUUGUUUCACACAGAGAAGCUUCCGGAACCCUCUUGAAUUAAUCAGAAUAGGAAAGAUUUCUUCUGCCCUAAGAAAUGCAAACUGACAAAGGAAUCAGGCAGUCUUUUGGGUACUCUGUGCCCAUUGCUUAGGGCUUUGUGAAUUGACGCAAUAACUUGGUCUGGUAGAAAAUAGGCAUCCAGGUCCACUCUUGCAGCAAGGAAAUAGCAUGCACUCCUUGUAGCUGGAAGCGAGUCCAGUCCACAACCUGCUGCUUGUGCAAAUGGCAGGAGGAUUCCUGGUUGUUACGACGCAGGCAUGCCUCAUGGCUGUUUCUUUCACUUUUCUCUCUCCUUUCAGAUCUUCAUGUCCAAAGCCAGGCAACGAACGGGCUAGAAUGCUAUAGCUGUGUGGAUGACAACGGCUCUGGGUCCGGGUGCUCCAAAAAAUCAAUCUCCAAGGUGCAAUGCACAGGCAUCCACAACAUGUGCUUGGAGGGGGUUGGCAACAGCCGUAAAGGUGAGUGUUGAUCUGCAAGACUCCCUACACUUAAGUUUCCGGUGCCAUUCUGGUUAGGCAGAGGAGGCAAGCAUUUUUUUGUUUCCUUCCGGAAACAGCAAAACCGGAGUCAAAAGUGGGCAGGACACUCACCCCCCCUUCUCGUAUCCAAAGGUGUAGUAGUCUGAGGUCGGGUGGGGGUUGAAGACUUGUUACUCUUUCUGUGUUAGGGUCCCUGUCUCCAGCAUCUGAGAGCUGCCCAACCAGCAUAAAAUGGGAAUUUUUUAGUCACUGGGAAGAAGUCUUUUCAACCCUUUGCAUUGACUACAGUCCAAAAAAGUGCAAGGGGGGAGGUGAGUCAGACACUGAGGAUUGGCCCUUAGGGCCACUCUGGAGAAGGUGCACAAGAAAAACUCUGAGUUGUUCCAUGUGCUGCAGAGCUAAAUGUUUAGGUACACCAAAAGAAUGAGGUGCUUUAGUUUCAGGAGAUUAGUGUGCAAGUUCUGUCGCAUGCACUGGGCACCAAAACCCACCCGCAAAGGUUAAGUCACUCUAAAAGAAAUUGUAGGAGCUCUCCAAAUCGUUUUCCAGCCACACGUCAUAUGAGAUUUAAGGUGUGCGACAAGGGCUGCAGUUCACACUCACCGGGGGAGAGUAACCACAACAGCCUUGUAGGGAGCAAUAAACCCUUUUGACUAAUUGACUCUGUUCCCUUUUCUUUUCUUCACCUGCAGCUGGUAGGGAUUUGGGCCUAGUGACCUUCAAAGGCUGCGCCUCCCCAGCCAUGUGCCAGAGCUCUCUCCUGGCUUUGGUACAAGAGCUGGACAACGCCGACGUCAUGUGUUGCCAAGGCAACCUCUGCAAUGACCGCAUCGUGGAUGGCGUGGUGACGCAGCGCAUAGUCUCUGCGGACAGCGCUGACACCACAACGGUGGCAGAGUGCGCCACCCCCACGCCAUCUGGCACUGCACCAAAUCCUGACUGCAUCUAUGAUGAUGAGGAUGAAGACAGCGUUGCGGUUGCCCAUGUCCCCGCUGGUGCAGACCUGUCUCCCGGGAGCCAUGUCAAUAAUGAGACGGCCUACAAGGUCAAUGAGAAGGAAGGGAGUGAGUCUUUGGUCAAUGAAGGCGACCGUAACCACUCAACAACUGCAGGCGAACACGCCGUCAAUGAGAAUAUCGUUGGCGAUCACACAGAGGGCCACACCGUCUCCCCCGCAGGCACCACAGACUCUGAGGACAUGGCAGCCGGCAGUUCCUCAGCUGCCACAAACUUGGACGAGAGCAACGCCGGCACCAACACCACCUCUUCUGGCAAUCAUGGCAGUGUUGUUGUGCUGGUGCCCGUCGUAGUCCCCAAGAAGAAUGCCACUUCUGCCACGGCUACCACCACCUCCUCUUCCUCCUCAGAAACAAGCGCCGGCAACAUGGUUGUGGUGGCUUCCAGCGAUGACGAUGAUGAGUAUGAAGAAUGUGAGGCAGAAGAAGAGGCCAUCAGCACCGGGCAGCAGUUCAUGGCUGGUAAGGAGGCAAACCGUGAAGGUUCGGCCGCCACCCAUCCUUCAGGUGUGUUCUACGAAAGUGAAACCCGGCCACAUGGGUCUGCUCACUCUCCUGCUACCGGUACAACAGGAAACACCAAUGUGGACCACACUGGCCAUGCUACUACUAGCAGUGAAACCUUUGCCGUCGGUGGCAAUCACGGAGAUGCCAGUGGUGAGCAUGUCACCGUUGAUGGUAGCACUCCCCAGCCAGGCCAUGCCACCAGUGGCUCCACCACGGGAGGAAAGGUGGAGGCAGGUGCCCCUGUUGUGAUCACUGCCAAUGCACCAGCCACCACCAGCAGUCCUGCUGGAGCAGUCCUCGUUUCUGGAGCAGCAGCUGGCACUCCACGCCCCAAGAAGAAGAUCCCAUGCAAGCGGCCCGGGCCCCAAAGCCGACCCGGCGUUAACCUGGCAUCCGCACCUGGAGCUGAGAGCCGAGGCGUGGAAGACACUGCCACCAAGAACCCUGAACCCUCGUUGUUCAGUGAUGCUAAGCAGCCGGAGCUCAAUGCAGGGGGGAAAAGCAGCCUUGACAAUGGGGCUUUGGGCCUUGUCUCCAACUUGGGCCUCUUCUGUUUCACUCUCCUGUUGGCUGCCCUGUUGCAUUGA